AUGACUGACUCUGUAGACGACGACAGUGACCUACUCGAGGACAGUGGUGGUAUAUACACUCAGAUGACUGACUCUGUAGACGAUGACAGCGACCUACUCGAGGACAGUGGUGGUAGAUACACUCAGAUGACUGCCUCUGUAGACGACGACAGCGACCUACUCGAGGACAGUGGUGGUAGAUACACUCAGAUGACCGCCUCUGUAGACGACGACAGCGACCUACUCGAGGACAGUGGUGGUAGAUACACUCAGAUGACUGCCUCUGUAGACGACGACAGCGACCUACUCGAGGACAGUGGUGACAGAUACACUCAGAUGACUGCCUCUGUAGACGACGACAGCGACCUACUCGAGGACAGUGGUGGUAGAUACACUCAGAUGACUGCCUCUGUAGACGACGACAGCGACCUACUCGAGGACAGUGGUGGCAGAUACACUCAGAUGACUGCCUCUGUAGACGACGACAGCGACCUACUCGAGGACAGUGGUGGUAGAUACACUCAGAUGACUGCCUCUGUAGACGACGACAGCGACCUACUCGAGGACAGUGGUGGUAGAUACACUCAGAUGACUGCCUCUGUAGACGAUGACAGCGACCUACUCGAGGAAGAUGUGUAUCUUUUGAAGGGUGUUAGUCUAAACGAGGUACCGAAGGGAGAUUUCACAAUUUUAUAUAGGCAUCCGGGGGCUUUGGAAAACAAGAAAUUACAGGGAAUUAUGCGUUCACAUAGUGGUACAUAUUCCAACCGUGUGUGUGCCAUUAUUGUAGUAGACGAAGCUCAUAUGGUAUCAGAGUGGUAA